AUUGUUAAGAGUAUAAACAGUUUUUCUCGGUAACUCUGUCAUAGCAGUGAUUAGCAAAAUAGCGUCAUAAGUAAUUAAAGCAAGUGACUCAUUGUUAUGCAUGUGGGUAUAUUAAGGAAAGCAGUUAUAUUGACCUUACAGAAACGCAAUCUCAUUUCGUAUUAGUUACACGUAUUAAGUGUUCUUUGAUUUUGUGUGCACUGAGAUAGUUUUACAAUGGGUUUUAAGGGAAUUCAUUUUAUCCUAAUUGGCCUUUCUAUUUAUUUAAUACAACAUACUGAUGCGUAUCCAAGAGACAGCAGUGUGGCGAAAACGGAAACAUUGUCGGAAUUACCCGAAACAAUGUCGUCUGCAGUGAAAGGCAGCCCGUUACAAGUUCUUAGUGAUUCAGAUGUCAUGAUACCAGGCCGAGUGAAAUGUCCCUACGAAGAAGCGACCGAAUAUGCUAGCUGUCAAGAACAUUGCCUACCAAAGGGCUAUUCAUAUGGCAUUUGUGUCAGUGGAACUUGUAGUUGCAUUUAGAUAAUUCUCAUCACAUUUAUAAAAAUUAACAAUUAAAUAAAACACAGUUUCGUAAAAUGUUGUAUUCAUUUAUUAGAUAAUAUAUUUUCACUAUAACUA